AUGUGGGAAUCAAAUGACAAUCAAGAACUAAAGGACAAUAAUACGGUGAGAUAUUUUUCAAUAUAUUUUAUUUAAAAGCCAAGAAGGAAAGCAUUUUGCGUAAAAUUUCAUUUUAUCGAACUACUUUGCUUCUCAGCUUUGCAAUAAUCCUAAGGAAAGUACACGAAAGCGUGAAUUUAAACCUCGUAUUUCCGCAGGAGCGAAAAGUUUCUGGAAAGCUGAGAGAGAAGACGAGAAAAAGGAGACCUAGAAAAUCGAUUACUCAGGUUUGCAUUGCUUUUUUAAAUGCUUAGAGAGAUAAAACAGCCUUAAAUCAACAAUGCAGCGAACGCGGUUUUGUUGUAGUCACAAAUCACAGGUGCGCUCGCAUCGCGUUGCAUCCAAUUUAAUGUUUCCCGCUCACCUAAUUUUCCUUCACGAUAUUUAAUUGCAUACUUCUCCGAUCCUACGUAAGCUCUGCUCGUAAAAUAUACAUUUCGAAUUUGAUUUUUGUGAAGAAAAAAUAAUUUACACGGGAAGAAUCACCUAGUGAGGGUUUGUCUCGAUUUGCUGUCACCGCAGUCAUAUUUGGGCGCCAUUUUAAAAGUUCUGCUUUGCGAUUUUGCGGGAUGUCUUUUAACUAGACCUUAUAUUACGUACGAGCAACAAAAAGUGUUACUUAUUGCCUUUUUUCUUCCCCAAUUAAUUUGUUAUAAACAUCCUUUCUCAAAUAUCAAUUAUUGUUGUUGUUUAGAAGUAGAAUGUGUAUAUAAAUGUUAUUUUUUCAGUUCACUUUCUUCAAUAUUUUAACCGCGUGGGCACGCAGCCACUAUUCUAAACUGAUUUUCUUCGUAGAGCUUAAUUUUAUGUUCGGUCUAAGAUUUCCACACAGCCCUGUACUAUUACAAAACAAAGCCAUUAAUGUCUUUUUUUUCCAAGAACUGUAUGCAUAACAAGAUACAGUGCUGUGCGGAAAUCUCAUCGUUUUUGUUCUGCGUCCUCAUAAAACAUAAAUCAACAAAUCAAACUUAGCUGCCAUUAUUUAAUCUAGUUAGUAAUAUUUCGUGCCAAAUGCAUGGGUACUGUGGUUCCACUUCAGUAAAUUAACAAGAGAAGUAUUUUCCUCAACAUUAUUACUGAAUUUCAUUGGAAUGAAUAAGUGCCCAUGCUCAAAUAAGCACCUACCCCCUGGCUGGGCCAUAAUAUGAAAAAAGAACCCCCAACUCUUCCUUCCCCACUUUCCUAAAUAGUAGGGUUACAAGGAGAUCCUGUUUCUAUUGCCACUUUAUUUGUAAAUUUUUAAGCUUGAACUGUAACUGAAUCAGUAAGGUUCAUGAUUACUUAAUAAGUGCCCCCUCGAUUAAGCAUGUUCUUUCCCAUAAGCACCCCUCCUUUAUUGGCCUAAAUUAUAAAUAAGCACCUGGGGCCCUAUUUGAGGAAAUAUGGUAUCACUGAGCCUUGUAAAAGUCUGAGAAGUUGCCACUGCUGUCAGUUUUAUGUUGGCCCAAACAGUCUCAAAUUUUCUUUUAUUUUGUUUCUUUGUGAUCACUCCUCACCUUCCCUUUUACAACCUUUCUGAGUUUGCAGGUUUGUUAGAUAAGUCGCUCAACAGAUAGUUGUCUCCCUCAAUGUCUUAACAAGUGUCCUAUUCUCUUUUAUGCUUUUAUCACUUGAAAUAUCUUAUGCCAUCAAAUCUCACCUCAGAGGUGUGAGUAUGUAACCUGUAGGGAUCAAAAUCUGUGGUCUCUCACCAGCUUACACUUGCUGCCCAAGGAAAAAACUUGCACUAUUACAGACAUGAUAUACACUUUUUCUGUGCCAAAAUCUAUGGAGUGUCCUUAAAAAUCUUCAGGCGUCUUGUAACAUGACCAAGUCCUCGAUAGAAUAUCCCCAAUUUCAAAAGAAAAUUUUCCCCUCUUUGAUUCUGAAAAGGUUGGUUGGUAUAAUCACUGUAUGGACCAGAAUGAUUGAGAGAAUUUAUUGAAAUCCUCCAAUUCCUCUCUUUAAGUUUUGAAAUUCCUCUUACCUCUAACUGACUGGCCACUGAUGUUAAAAGAGGGCAGGAUUUUUCUGUCACCCUGGGUUUGCAAUUUGUGUGUUCUUAGUUUGGCUGUUAAAGAUUUAAUCCUAAGAACAAAUGGGUUCUAAUUUCUCCUUUCAUUAUCCAGCUUGAAUGUAAUGUAAAGGUCAUGAGAAUAAAGAGAUUGAUCACCAGGUUAAAACACUCUUGAUUAUCAAACAAAUUCUCCUUGUCAGUACCAUAGGAAAUGUAAAAAGGACAGUGUAGAGAAUGUGAACUCUAAUGUAAGGGUGUAAAUGGUAAGCUGUAAUAUGUGCAUUUGCUUAUCUGGAAUAAUCCAUUGUAGCACUUUGAUCACAUUUUCUUUCAAAUGUACCAAAUAUUUCAGACUACUUUAAAGCACUCUUAGUGGCAGGUGAAACAGCUGGUCUGGGAAAUUGUGUUUAACCCCUCAACUCCCAAAUGCGAUUAACAAGUAACUUCCCCCUAUGAUAUCCAUGCAGUAUUCAGCAAACAGGUAAUGAGAAUACUCAAACUGAUCAGGUAGAAGUUGUUUUCUUGAUCUAACUCCAAAUUCUCGCAACUAAUUUACAAGGAAAUAUAUAGCAGCUAGAGGGGAGAAUUAACAAUCAGAUCUUGGGAGUUAAAGGGUUAAAUAAGAUACUCUCUUUAGAUGACAUACUUAUUCCCCUCUAAUGGUGGAUCAUGGUUAAACUUUCAACUUACAAUGAAAUUCAUUGCCUAUAGCUCUUAGAGGCAAUGCAUUUGAAAGUUAAUCUUAAAAACCUUAAGAUUAAUUCAAGUUUCCUGUCUCUUCCUGGCUGCCAGUGCAAUGUUCAAGAGUUUCAAAUGUGACACAGAGCGAAGAAGGGGAAUAAAAACAAAGCCUAAAUUGUAGAGUUUAUUCAGGAAAUACUCAAAAGAAACCUUGGAAGGAAAACUUUAAAAACCAAGUUGUGUAAUAUGCAAAUCAUGUGGCCAGACACUUUCUUUCCAAAAUUGUCCUAAGAAAGAGAAGUGAGAAAGAAGAUAAUGGGGUAUUUGUUAGGGUGUCAGAGAACCAGAUAUGACAAUGUCAAAGAACUGGGGUGCUGUGAUCCCUACUGUUGUGAGAUGAUUCUUCAUACAAAUAUCAUAAUUCAGGUUUAGGAAAAAGUGCCACCUUCCCUCAUCUACAGGGCAAAAAUUUGUUUCCAUUGUUUGCUGGUCCUUGUUGGUUUCUUUAACUGUAGCCCCCUGAUACACAAGGAGUAACAGUAUCAUAAGCCACUUCACUCAAGCUGAGCAGAAAUUGGUAACAGUGAACCUCCUUUGAAAAAACCCCAGCAAUACCCCAGAGAUUUACAGCUCAGUGGUUACAAGAGCUGAAAACUCUACUCCCUGUUGUUCAAUAUUAUGUUCUGUAAGUGACUAACUUCUGGGAAUUAGGUUGUUGCUUAGUUCAAGGAGCUUCUGUGAAAUGACCCUCCCCUUUCCCCUUGUAUGAUAAGGUAAAAAUUUACAAGAUCCAUCAAACCCACUGUGAAAAUAAAAUUAAUUUCCUUUCCAAGCUUUCAACUAACCAGCCUUUUUUUUUUUCAAUUUCUUCCCUCAUCAACACGUUUCUAACUGUUGAUUGUUAAUAUUUACCUUAAUUAGGCUACAGCAGCAGAGGAACAGCCUGCCCUGCAGUCACCUCCAAGACAAGGAUCUCUUUCCCAACAAACACCAUCACAUACUCUACAGACAGUUCUGCAGCCUACGAACACAGUAUUGCAACCUACAGAAACUGCCGGUGAGCCACUACACACACUGCCUCAGUUGAUGCAGUUGGUACAGAAACUGCAUCCACUAUCAGGGGGGGAUCAAACAGUAAAAACAGCGCCACAGCUGCCAACAAGUCAAUCUUUACAGGCAUCAAUGCAGCUCCAAGAAGCUGCUCAUCAGACUCAACCAACUGUGUCUCAGUCUUCACAAAUGGUGAUGCAAUCACAGAUCACUACAUCCCAGCCCCUACAAGUUUCUAUGCGGCCUCUAAAUACUACACCACAGCUUACCCACACAGUGUCACACUCUUCUCAAACAAUUUUGCAGCCCACACAAAGUUUGCUUCAACCGCCACAAAGUCUGCUACAGGCUUCACAAGCUUCGCUUCAGCCUCCUCAGACACUCUUUCAGCUUCCACAGACCGUGCUCCAAGUAGCACCCCAAACUCUGCAAACCGUGCUUCAGGCUCCAAAUAAUACUCUUCGGGCUCCGCAACCGGCAGGGCAGCAACUUCCGCGCUCUGGACCAUUGGAGAGUACCCCAUCUUUAGCUUCACUCGCCCAGUUCACUCUCCCUCCAAAUCUGUUUCCCUCACCGUUGUUAAACAGCGCUAUCCAAGCGCCUCUCCAGCCUUGCGUUCUGUCUUCUCAUACAUCUCCUCGUUCAUCCACCAUGAGUAUGCUUAGUGCUCUUCAAGAUGAUAAACUUGCUUUGAUCCUUCCAGUGUUAGUGAGAAUGGAGCAUAAGAUAGAUCAGAUUAUGGCGAUUAUCGGCGCUAAAUCCAGUGUUGGAAUAAAUGGGCUGCAAACAGAAAACAAGUAUAAUCUCAACUUGAUAGACAACCAGUGCGAAAGUGGCCCAAAUUCUGUCAUGACAGGAAACGGAUCGAUUGAAUCAAAGACGGAAAGUCAUUCCACUACUGUUACGAUGGUAAAUCAGUUAAAUACAGAUAACUUAGCUAACCAUUCGAAUAUACCUUUGCCAGGAAAGCAAAAGAAAUGUUUUACGAAGGGAGACCAAGCGGUGAGCGCACCUAUCAAAUCUCAGUCAAAAGAAAGCCAGUCAACUGCGUCAACAACAAAUUAUAAGCGGUCUAAUGUUAACUUGACUGAAUCCCGCUCGAGUGACGGAGCGAUGGAGAACAGCGAUACAGACACUGCUAUGGAAUCUAUUAGCGUCGAAGCUUCCAGUUUAACUUCCUCGUGUAACGUGACGAAUUUGCAUCCUGGUUUAUCGACAGCUCAAGGCCGUCUGAUUCAACGUAAAAUGGCAAAAAUAACUGAGCUUACGCUGCCUGAAAAUUCCAACUUUCCCAUUUCACGUGACAAUAUCAUUGCGAUGCAGGCAAAGUCCACCUCCACGAUGAAUUUUGCCGUGCGCCUGAUGCGCGAAUUGUUUACCUUGGAGGAACUUGAUGGGAAGAACAUUUCAGGAGCCAGAGGGAAAGACAGAGUCGACCCGAACAGAGUGGAAAUCAUUAAAGAAAUUGUCUUCCAGGUUUAUCGUACAUUACCGUCUGACAGAGAUAUGGUGUGGAGGUGCUGCCGCAAGGCAAUGGAUUCCUUUAUGCGUCGCAUGAAACGGGAGCGUACGCUGAAAAGCAAAACUAACUCUGCUGCAACUAUUUAA